AUAAAGGAUAGCCAACAAUAAGCACAUCAUGGGAUUGGGAGGUGUGAAAACAUAUCUCCAUACACAAUAACUUUGUAGUCUUUUCUAGAUCAUAAAUUUGGUCUCUUGCUAUCAUUUUUAAGGGACAAUAUUGCCUGUCAAUUUGCUCUAAACUACAAUCACAAUCUAAACUUUGCCUGGUGAAAUUAUGGAUGACAAAAGUGAUGUGGAAAAGCUUGAUGAAGUGAUGCUGCCUGGUUUUCGUUUUCAUCCGACUGAUGAAGAGCUGGUUGGAUUCUACCUAAAGAGAAAGAUUCAGCAGAGAUCUCUUCCUAUUGAGCUCAUCAAGCAAGUUGAUAUAUAUAAAUAUGAUCCAUGGGACCUUCCAAAGCUAGCAUCUACAGGGGAAAAAGAGUGGUACUUUUACUGUCCAAGGGACCGUAAAUACAGGAAUAGCGCCCGUCCCAACCGUGUAACAGGAGCUGGUUUUUGGAAGGCCACUGGAACUGACAGGCCAAUUUAUUCAUCUGAUAGCACCAAAUGCAUUGGUCUUAAGAAGUCCCUAGUCUUCUAUAGAGGCAGGGCUGCCAGAGGCAUAAAAACAGAUUGGAUGAUGCACGAGUUUCGUCUUCCUACGACUAACAACGAAUCAGGACCACCUAAGAAAUUCUUGGAAAAGAAUUUUCCACCAAAUGAUUCAUGGGCCAUCUGCAGAAUAUUCAAGAAAACCAACUCAAUGGCAAAUAGAGCUCUAUCUUACGCAUGGGUAAAUCCGUUAUCUGAAGUAGCAUCUCCAGAGUUGUUCAAUCAAAGUGCUAAUACUCAUUUCGUCUCGGAGAAUGUUUCUUCUAUAACUGAAACAGGCACAGCUCUCCACCUAUCCAAUAACAAUGACUUACUACAAGGAGCCUCAAAUGUUCCUUCAUAUAAGUCCCUCAAUGCUAUGGCUUCAAGACCAUCUUAUCUUUCAAGUCCUAGCACAGACAUUUCCUAUAACUUCAUGUUUUCGUCUCCUGAGGUCUCAGGACAAAACAACAGGUGUUUACUAGACGCAAACUCAAUGUUUUUCAACAUAUCCCCUGGCUUAAUCACUGAUAUCAGCAAGACCUCCGAGUCCAUAGACUUUGACGGUUCAAAUCAACAAUUGAACAGCUUCGCAGUUAGUGCAUCACAAGAGAUGCAAAGAAGUAUAAGUAUGGAAGACGGCGAAGCAGGAUUGAAGAGUAAUCAAACUUCAACAAAUGACAACACUGAAUGGGAAAACAUGAGAUCAGUUGGAUUUCCUUUUAGUUUGGCUGAUGAAUGGAAACCUAGCUUAUCAUGGGAUUCUCCUCCCUGUCCUAGUGAGGUAUCCACCAGUUUCUCAACAAACAAAUGCUACAACUAGUUUUACAUCCAAAAAGAGAACUCCUGGCUCUGUGUACAGCUAGUUUGUUUUUUUUCCUUUUAGGCAUCCAGUAUCUGAAGUAGUCGACUCAAUCAACUUCAGAUACCGGAUGCCAAUGAACAAAAAAAAUCCAAAAAAAAGUCCAGCGAUAGCACUAAAAAACAGCAAUAUUCUGUUGAAAGUUAUUGUACAGUUUUAUUUUUUAUUAGCU